UAGAGACAGAGAGAGAAAGCAAGAGACAGUCCUGGGAAAGUCCUGCCGGCGAUCCAGACAAUUAUAAAAAUGUGUCCCCCAGGGUCAGUGCUCCAACCUCUUCUCCCUCGGCAUCCAGCUGCUCCUCUCAGAGCCGGUCCAGCAUGUGUCAAUCACGCUACCUCCUCUUCUUGGCCACCCUUGUCCUCCUAAACCACCUCACUUCGGCCAGGGUCAUACCAGUCUCUGGACCUGCCAAGUGUCUUAACCAGUCCCAAAACCUGCUGAAGACCACGGACGACAUGGUGAGGACGGCCAGAGAAAAAUUGAAACAUUACUCCUGCACUGCUGGAGACAUCGAUCAUGAAGACAUCACACGGGACAAAACCAGCACGCUGGAGGCCUGCUUACCACUGGAACUCCACAAGAAUGAGAGUUGCCUGGCUACUAAACAGACUUCUUCCAUAAUAAGAGGGAGCUGCCUGCCUCCACAUAAGACUUCGUUGAUGAUGACCCUGUGCCUUGGUAGCAUCUAUGAGGACUUGAAGAUGUACCAGACAGAGUUCCAGGCCAUAAAUGCAGCACUUCAGAGCCACAAUCACCAGCAGAUCACUCUGGACAGAAACAUGCUGAUGGCUAUUGAUGAGCUGAUGCGGUCUCUGAAUCACAGCGGCGAGACUCUGCACCAGAAAGCUCCCGUGGGAGAAGCAGAUCCUUACAGAGUGAAGAUGAAGCUCUGUAUCCUGCUUCAUGCCUUCAGCACCCGCGUCAUGACUAUCAACAGGGUGAUGAGCUAUCUGAGCUCCUCCUAAGGAGGAGGGCUAGGAGUCAGGUAGUCCUGGCCUGGAUGACCUUCAGCUCCUGUAGGAAUCUGUACCCCCAAAGGUGGCACGGCUGCCUCCGCGUGGGCCCCUCCAUUGUGUCUCUCAUAUUUGCAAGUUGUUUGUAAGUUUUCAUCAAAAUAUCGUUAAGGGGAGAGUAUGUCCUCCCUCAGUGUGUCAGCAGAAGGGCAAGAACUGAUAAGCUAUUAUUUUUGUACCAAAGUGUUUAUGAAAACACUCAGUCACCCCUUAUUUAAAAUAUUUAUUGUUAUAUUUUAUACUUAUGAUAAGCAUAUGAGCUAUUUAUAUUUAUUUAUUUUCUAUUUAUUAUAAUAUUUCUUAUCUGAUGAAUUUGAAACAUACCUUAUUUUGUGGUUCUAAUAAAGUAAUGCAAGCACUUCA